UCACACCUUAAGAUACUAGGGGCUCUAGAUCUGCAACUCUCUCGUCUCUCUCUCUCACCGCCGGCCGCCGACUGCCGAUCACCGGCCACCACUGCGCGCCGCCGAUUAUCAAUGGCAACCACAGCUUGUUUUAUCAUUGUGAGCAGGAAUGACAUCCCUAUAUAUGAAGCUGAAGUUGGAUCAACGGUUAAAAGAGAAGAUGCUGCUCAGCUUCAUCAGUUCAUAUUGCAUGCAGCUUUGGAUAUUGUUCAGGACCUUGCAUGGACUACUAGUGCCAUGUUCUUGAAAGCAAUAGACAGGUUUAAUGAUUUGGUGGUGUCAGUAUAUGUUACAGCUGGUCAUACGAGAUUUAUGCUGCUUCAUGACUCUCGUAAUGAUGAUGGAAUUAAGAGCUUUUUCCAAGAGGUUCAUGAGCUUUAUAUAAAGAUUCUUCUCAAUCCCCUCUACCUGCCUGGAUCUCGCAUUGCAUCAUCACACUUUGAUACAAAAGUUCGUGGCCUUGCAAGAAAAUAUCUGUAGAGGUCUUCAUGCUCAUCUGAUUUUGGGAAUGAGUUGAAAAGUUUCAAUAGCUUGAGUUAAAUCUCCCUUAUUUCUUUUACUGUUUUUGAUGUUUUGGAUAAAAGCUCGAUCCAAGGGUUUGUUAUUUGAACAGUCCUUGAGAUUUUUUUCAAACAUCUGUUAUUUUAAUAUUUGUUUAUUUGUAGGCAGCACUCAAGUCAGAUUUUUCUAGCUUAGUGUGUAGGGUGUUGAUGUGCUUCUAUUCACUGUAUUUGUUCUCGGGCCUCUUCA